AUGUGUCCAUUAAUCCAACCCGAUUCCUUCAUAAAUGGACCGUGUGUCAGUGGAGAAGCACUAUCCGAGAGUUAUGAUAAUGCAUAUGGUUUUGUCAGUGACCUUUGGCCACCACCUGCAACCAAUUGGAUUAAAAGGAGUCAACAAUCAUGGCCAACGGUUAAUAUUGUUCAAAAAAUUGUCAGAGAUGGAUGUCACUUUGUACCAACAGGGCACAAAUUAGGACUUCAAGAAAAUUUAGAAUGGAGAAUUUCAUUUUCUUCGGCCGAACAGAAACUUGUAUUCUCAAUGAAUCACUGCCAAUUCUUAACAUACGGCUUGUUAAAGAUUUUUUUGAAGGAGGUCAUUAAGAGCAAAAUUGGAGACCAAAAUAUGAGCUCUUAUCACAUCAAAACUUCAGUUUUCUGGGCGAUUCAACAGAGUUCUAUGUCUCAAUGGUGUCCGCAAAAUCUCCUUGAGUGUUUCUGGGUUUGUUUUAAACUCAUCCUGAAAUGGGUUUAUGAAGGUGUAUGUCCGAACUUCUUCAUACCCGAAAACAACAUGUUUAUUCAUAAAAUUUAUGGUGCAAAGCAGAUGGUAUUGUUUCACAGACUUUAUGACUUGUAUGAAAAGGGGUUUCUAGGCCUGUUGGAAAGUCCCAAAAUCAGAUCAUUGAUUACAAGCCAAUAUCAAAAUCUUAGGCCUUGUGUUCAUACACUAGAAUACACCCUGAUUCCUCAGUGUGAAUUUGACUCCGAGCUAUUUGAAGAAAUUUCUGCAAAUGAUUCAGCACAAGUUAUAAAUCUGAAACAGUGUCUGAUUGCUCUCCAAUCAUUAGAGGAAACAGUAUGUUGGCCCCUCACACAUUAUCAAGGGAUUAUGGUACAGAAAAUAACAGCCACAAUUCUGCAGAGUACUAUUUUUAUAUUGCACAUGUGCUCUAAUAAGGCUGAAAACAGAAAGAAGUACAUAAUUGACAAAAUGGCCGUUAAAGUGCUGAAAUUAGCGGCUAGGUUCGGAUACACAUUCGAUACUUUGUUCAUCAUCAUGUAUUUUUACAAAACAUUUCGAUACACGAAAGCUUUAUCUGUAAUAGAGAAGAUGGAGGCAGUACUAUCGCGACCGGAGACGUAUAUAGAGGUUGUUAGUGAAAAGUCCCUGUCCACGAAGAUUAAACAGUGUACAGCAUCGUAUGCAUAUUUCGAUAUAUGCAAUAGUAUCCCCUACAUUGAAGAAUUAAUAAAUCUUCAAAAUCAUAGUCAUCAAAGCCAGUGGUGCACUCUUCACAUUCCACCUUUGAUACUGUUACACAUGUUAAAGUUUCUCUGCUACAGACAUAUUGACACUGGUAGAGCACAAUUUGUUCUUUAUGAUCUACAAUACCUACUCAACCUUAACGGAGAUGUUAUUGUACCAAAUAAUAUCCGGGACAUAUCAUGGCAUAUUUUGGGGUUAUGCCAAGAGCUCAACGAAAACAUAUCAGAUGCUCUUUACUCCUACACGCAGUCAUUCAAACAGAAGAAUGAGAAUAGAAUAAAAAUGGCAACGCUGAUGAAAAUACGAGAGAUAACACAUCAUGAUUUGAAUGUCUUCUGA